AUGCCGCGGGUGGACGAGUGCAUGAUAUGUGCGACAUGUGGUCGAUCACUUCCUGCCACGAGCUUCUCGCGUCAUCAGCACCUGAAACUAAACUCCAAGUGUAAAACGUGCGUGGAGGUCACUCAAGCACAAGCCCAAAAGUCGCAGCCGAAGCGAUUGAAACCCUGUGUCCAAUGCUUCCAGCACUUGCCCAAGUCGAGCUUUUCCAAGCGACAGGCGCAACUGCUGGAUCCCAAGUGCAUCAAGUGCGUGCAGGAGCUCGAACGUACGGCAGCGGCGUCGCCAGCGGACGCUGCAACCAGGUGGAGCUUUGAUCAUUACUAUCGUGUGUGUCAUCGCGGCAAGAGUGGAGGCGUGUCAGUUCGAGUGAAGCACAAUGUUGCGUCGCCAUUGCUCGGCUCGAUUCCAUUUGGCCGCGUAUUCCGUGCUACAGCACCUAUUUGCAACGAGCAGGGUGACCCGAUGGUGAGACUUGAUGGACUUGAUCUUUCUUGCAUUGUCUUGCAAGGUGAGACAAAGGUCGCAGGGAAUGAGGAAGACGGAGGUAGACGACAGAUUAAGGAGGCGUGGGUGCCCAGUCGCUCCCUUCGGAACGAAGUGCUGCUAGAAUAUCACCAAGGACCCUUCGUCAGUGACGACGGCUCUUUGCCAAAUGGACGGGCGAGCAAGAGAAGCAGAUUCUUCCGGUGUGUGGUGGAAGGAUGCAAAGUGCGCGGGCGUGCCAAUCUAGCCAUUUCAGAGCUCGGGUACUUGCUCUACGGGGACGUCGUUGAAGUGGUUGAAGCUGAUAUCACUUCCGAUGGUAUUGUCUUCUUGAGGCUCCAUGGCAGAUAUUUCGAUGGCGCCGCAUGGGUUGUCGAACGUUCAUUAGAUAAUGAGUCGGUGCUGAACGGAGUCGAGGGUCCGUGGACGUCGUCACCAGCUGCACCCCGACGCGAGACGUACCGGUGUGUGCAAGCUACUGGAGCUCCUGUCCGUGCGCAUCCAGCACUAACUGCAUUGCCGGUGGGACGCCUUGUCUGCGGAGCCCUUGUCACUGUUGUGGAGCGUGCUAUUACGGAUCAACGGCAAGUGUUUCUCCGGUUUGUUGACUCGGACGCUGUGUCUACCGAUGAAAGUGGUGCUACAGCCCACAAAUGGGUCAUCGAAACUAGCACAUGCUGUGCGAGUGUCAUGAUCAAGACCAAAAGCUUUCGUGACUAUAACAUCGGAAGUAUCCAAGACAGGUCUCACGUGGAACACAUACAAGUACACAAAUCAAGGCAUUCUUUCGAUCUCAAGCACGCGGUUACUCUGAGGAUAAAACCAAUGUCCCCUUGUGGCAAGCAUGCACCUACUCGCUAG